UCAAAAGCCACAGGCACAGAAAUCCAUCAGCUUCCGAUCUCUCCUCCUCAUUCGUGCUCUCUCUCGAACGCUACCGGGUGCGCAUCUGCUUCUGUAACACCGGCGGGAUUUAUCCACGCAAUUAGGCGGACCGGUGGAGCAUGGAAUCCUGCGACGCUGCUCUUCCGUACACGCUGAUCGGGCUCGUCCUCCGGCAGCCGUCGCCGCCCCAUCCCGGCGCGGCCUCCUGCCCCAGCCGCUUUCUUCGGGACUACGCCUCCAGGGCCACCAACACCCUCCUCUGGAUAUGCCUCAUCUCCGUCACCUCCCUCCUCUGCCGCAGGCUCGCUAGGCUGGUGCGGCUAUGGGUCCAGGGCAGCCGGAUCCCCGGUCCGCCCUCCAACCCCUUCCUCGCCCGUUCCAAGCUGAUCCCCGGGUGUGGUUCCCUGGGGAGUCUCACCGGCUAUCUUGCUGAGUUGCAUGAGAAAUAUGGACCAAUUGUCAGACUUUGGUUGAGCCCGACUCAGCUUCUUGUCUCUGUCAAAGAUACUAUGCUCAUUAAAGAGGUGCUUAUAAAGGCAGAGGAUAAAUUGCCAUUGACUGGACGGGCAUUUCAUUUGGCUUUUGGUAGAUCAAGCCUGUUUGUUUCAUCCUUUGAGAAGGUACAAAAGAGAAGAGAAUCUUUAGCAGAAUACAUGAACGGGAGAAUAGCUGUGAGAGCAAAUAUUAUUCCUUCUGAGAUUGUUGAAUGUGCCAUGGGCAGAGUUGACACUAUAAUGGCUAAAGGUACCCUUGAUUGUGGAUCGGUUUCUCAACAGUUGGCAUUUUACAUCCUUGGGAGCACACUCUUUGGAGAUGCAUUUUUGGAUUGGCCUAAAGCUAGCAUUUAUGAGAAGCUCCUUAUAACAAUUUCUAAAGAUGGUUGCUUCUGGGCCUCUUAUACAAUCCCUCCUUUCUGGAGUAGAGAAUACUGGAAGUACAAGCACAUGUGCAAGAGGUUAAAACACUUAACCGAAGACAUUAUUCAGCAUUGUGUGGAAAAAUAUGACUUGUUAAGCAAAAUUGGUCACAGUUCUUACAAAGAUAACAAGGAUAUUGAAGAUGAAGCCAGGUUCAAUGAUUCUGUUCUGCUUGAUAAUAUGCCUUCAGGUGUUCUCCUCCAGGAAGAGAUGGCAGAGUAUCUCAAUUCCAAAGAAGAACUAUGUGGGAACAUAUUGGGCCUGAUGUUUCAUGGAUGUCUAGCUACUUCUAGCUUGAUUAGUAGCAUUCUGACAAGGCUUGCUUUACAUCCUGAAUUGCAGCAGAAGUUAUAUGCAGAGAUCAUUGCAGUUCAGGAGAAAACCUGCAAGUUGGACUCUGAUGAUGUACAAAAGAUGAAUUUACUUAUGGCUACAGUCUACGAAUCAGCUCGGUUAUUGCCAGCUGGACCUUUGCUUCAAAGAUGCUCUCUUGAACAUGAUAUUUAUCUUUGUUCUGGCAUAAAUGUACCAGCAGGAGCAAUUAUGGUUGUUCCUUUACAGUUGGUGCAGAUGGAUAGCUAUAUCUGGGGCAAGGAUGCCGGUCGUUUUAAUCCAUUGCGCUUCUUGUCGGAGGCCACAGACCAUAUAGGAACACACAAGAAAUAUGAAGACUUCGAGAAAAGUGCUUUCCUUAGUGAACCAAAGAGAAAGGCAGCUUUUCUUCCUUUUGGAUAUGGGACACGAGCAUGCAUUGGCGAGAAAUUUGCAACUCUUGGAAUUUCAACACUGAUUGCAUCUUUGCUUCAGAACUAUGAGAUAAAAUUACAGCCAGGUUCGGAGAAUGAUCCAAAACCAAUAAUGAGUGACUGCCUCCUUCAGCAGCUUCUAUCGAGCCCGGAGGUUGUGUUUGCGAAAAGAAGCAAGCGAAAGACAUGGAAAAGUAAAGGUUCCUCAUGAGCCUUUCUUACUGUCAUAUUACCAAGGUUAUGAACUCAGGAAGACCAACGAAGAUCAAGUUUUUAGCCCCUCCGCAGUUUUUGACAGCUCCGGUGGCUACUACUAUCAUGUGGAAGCACUUGGGGAGCUGUUGACUCCGGAUGGUACACAAUCAUGUGCAGUUGUUUGGUGUCUUAUUUUUCCUCCGAAAGGAGUUAGUUGUAGCAUUGUGGUAAUGCACUGUUGAUCACAGACACAUUAUAUGUACUAAAUGGCAAGACAAGCGGGGCGUAUCGUUACACCCUAAUAAACAUCAUGUGAUUUCAUUUGUGAGUA